AUGGGUUUCUCUAUAUUUAGCCCCAGCAGAAGCUUGGAUGGUGUUUCUGGGUUCUUCCAAGUAGUCUUCCUGCUCAGCCUAUUUCUGGUGCUUUUCAAGGCAGUCCAGUUCUACUUAAGAAGGCAGUGGCUGCUCAAGACACUCCAGAAGUUCCCAUCCACUCCUUCCCAUUGGCUUUGGGGGCACCACCAGAAGGUAGGAAGAAGGGAGAGAGAUAAGGAGCGCCAGCAGAUUCUUUCCUGGGUAGAGAAAUUCCCAAGUGCCUGCUUACAGUGGCUCUCGGGGAGUCGUGUACGAGUCUUGCUCUAUGACCCUGACUAUGUGAAGGUGAUUCUGGGGCGAUCAGAUCCAAAGGCUUCCGGUAUUUACCAAUUCCUUAAACCCUGGAUUGGCUAUGGUUUGCUUCUGUUGAAUGGGAAGAAGUGGUUCCUGCACCGGAGAAUGUUGACUCCAGCCUUCCAUUAUGAUAUCCUCAAACCCUACAUCAGAAUCAUGGCGGACUCUGUCAAUACAAUGCUAGAAAAAUGGGAGAAGCUUGACGGACAGGACCACUCUCUGGACGUCUUUCACUACAUCUCCAUGAUGACACUGGACACUGUUAUGAAGUGUGCUUUCAGUUACCAGGGCAGUGUCCAGUUGGAUGAAAACUCCAGGUCCUACACUAAGGCUGUUGAGGAUCUGAACAACCUGAUUUUCCAUCGAAUAAGGAGUGUCUUUUUUUGGAAUAACACCAUCUACAAAAUGUCCUCUGAUGGCCGUUUGUUCUACCAUGCUUGCCAGCUUGCGCAUGAGCACACAGAUGGAGUGAUCAAGAUGAGGAAAGCUCAGCUUCAGAACAAGGAAGAGCUGGAGAAACUCAAGAAGAAGAGGCACUUGGAUUUCUUGGACAUCCUCUUGCUUUCCAAAAUGGAGGAUGGGAAAAGCUUGUCUGAUGAGGACCUGCGUGCAGAGGUGGACACAUUCAUGUUCGAGGGCCAUGACACCACAGCCAGUGGACUCUCCUGGAUCUUCUAUGCUUUGGCCACACACCCUGAGCACCAACAGAGAUGCAGGGAGGAGGUGCAAAGUGUCCUGGGUGAUGGAACUUCUGUCACCUGGGAGCACCUGGACCAGAUGCCCUACACCACCAUGUGCAUCAAGGAGGCCAUGAGGCUCUACCCACCUGUACCAGGUGUGAGUCGAGAGCUCAACACACCUGUUACCUUUCCUGAUGGACGCUCCUUACCCAAAGGUAUCACAGUCACCAUCAGCAUUUAUGGCCUUCACCAUAACCCACGCUUUUGGCCAAACCCUAAGGUGUUUGACCCCUCUAGAUUUGCACCAGAUUCUUCUAGGCACAGCUAUGCUUUCCUGCCCUUCUCAGGAGGAGCAAGGAACUGCAUUGGGAAACAGUUUGCUAUGAAUGAAAUGAAGGUGGCCGUGGCCCUGACCCUACUCCGCUUUGAGCUGCUGCCAGAUCCCACCAGGAUCCCGGUCCCCAUGUUAAGACUUGUGUUGAAGUCCAAGGAUGGGAUCUACCUGCGUCUCAAGAAGCUAAGAUAA